GCAGUGCCUGAUGGGCUUGUUCCAGGCCGGCUAGCUACGGCUGCUGAAGGGCCCGUCGUUGAGCUGCCUUGGUCACCGCCGCCUUAUGGCGGCGAUCGGCGUGCACCUGGGCUGCACAUCAGCCUGUGUGGCUGUCUACAAGGAUGGCCGGGCCGAUGUGGUUGCAAAUGAUGCGGGGGACAGAGUCACGCCAGCCGUCGUUGCUUACUCGGAACGUGAACAGGUGGUUGGACUGGCGGCAAAACAAAGUAGGAUAAGGAAUAUCUCAAGCACGGUAGUGAAAGUAAAACAGAUCCUUGGCAGAAGCCAGAAGUGUGGUCCUCGGACCCGUCUUCUCAGCAGUGAGCCCUGGGAGGGAAGAACCCGCUGGCUCCUAGAAAUUUGCUGAGAACACGCAGACCUCCCCCACGCCUUCAAAACUGUGCCCUGCUGCCCAGGAGCCUAUUUCAGUAGCCUCCCUUCCCUGCCUGAUAUGGCCACCGCCAAUAGCAGUGCAGGCAUCCGUUGGUCCAGACAGGAGACUCGAACUCUUCUCUCCAUACUGGGCGAGGCGGAGUAUAUCCAGCGCCUCCAGACUGUGCAUCACAAUGCGGACGUUUAUCGGGCUGUGUCUAAGCGAAUGCAGCAGGAGGGCUUCCGCCGCACCGAACGCCAGUGCCGCUCCAAGUUUAAAGUUCUGAAGGCAAUGUAUUUAAAGGCCUGUGUGGCCCAGGCCACAAGUCUGGGGGGUCCACCGCACUGCCCGUUUUAUGAUAUAUUGGAUCAGCUUCUUCGAAAUCAGACGGUAACUGACCCAGACAACUUAAUGGAGGCCACCGCUUGGGCCAAGCACUGUGAUCGGGAUUUAGUGGCCUCUGACAAGCCAGGGGAUGAGGGAGCCAGCGUUCAGGAAGCGAAAAGGACUCAGGCAGCUUGUCAUCGGCGUGUUUUGCAAACAGUGAAGGAGUCGGAUGAGGAUUGCCAACUGAGGAUCAGUGAUGGGAUGGACGAAGCCAGUGACAUUGAGGACUCCUGGGAUGAAUCCUCAGGUGCAGGGUGCUCUCAAGGGACCCUCAACUACAGCAGCUCCCACCACCUUUUCAAAGGUGCAGUAGCUCCCUGUCAGAGCCGCCCCAUGACCAGACUGGCUGUGUCGAGGGAAUCCAGUCCCUGCACCAGCACCAGCCGAAUCCCCCUUGGGGCAGCCUCCACACCACAUCCUCCCGGUUCCUCCUCAAGGGUUGCUUUUCUCUCUGGUGAGGAUAGACCUCUGAUCAGCGAGCCCUCUCCAAGGUGCACAAGGCAGAGAAAGCGCUCGGUGGCCAGAACCAUUGCCACUGAACUGGCAGAAAACAGGAGGUUGGCACGAGAACUCUCCAGCAGAGAGGAAGAGAAGCUGGACAGGUUGAUUGCCAUUGGCGAGGAGGCCAGUGCCCAGCAAGACACCGCCAAUGAGCUGCGCAGGGAUGCUGUCACGGCUGUCAGACGCCUGGCGACAGCGGUGGAAGAAGCAACGGGUGCUUUCCAGCUAGGGCUUGAGAAGUUGCUUCAGAGACUGAUCUCAAAUACCAAAAGCUAGGAGCUGGGAGUGGAUACAUUUCCCAAACUGGUACAAGGCUAUUUCUAACAAGCUCCUUCUGGAACCCUGGCUCCUUGUCUGUGUCUUCAGGAGAGAAAGAACAGAUGAGCUGUUAAUACGCAGAAGAGUUCCUUGUCCUCAGGUUCUCCACUAAUGGAAAGGUUUCGUUCCAAAGAGCAGACCAGUAGAAACCAGAAGGAACCGAAUCCAUGAGCUAGCUUGUCCUGGCUUCCUCACCGGGUGGGGCAAUUUUCUUUACCUCUAUCAUGGUCUCCUCAUCUCUCGAGGCAGACCUGCCCUGCCUACCUCACAGGGUUGUUGUGAGGAUCAAGUGGCUUAUAGAUGUGAAAAGGUUUUAAAGUUUGAAAGCACUAUACACAUGUAAGUUAUUAAUGCAUUGCCCUUGGCUACGGGGAGCUGGGGCAAGCACGUUCGUUUAUAACACACACAAGUGUAGCGGUGCCCCCGACCUCAUUGCCUGAACCUUUACAUGUUUAAUUUACUGUCUUUUUAGGUUGAGGUCUCAGCUUCUUACACCUCUCUGUGGCUCACUAGUCUGGUCACGACUGCGUUUGUGUCUUUGUGUCUUACAGUUCCACUGCUCUAUCCCUGACCUGCCUACUAACAAGCCCUCGUAGUCCAACCAGCUAACCCCCUUCAUUUUACUACUUCCUGGCCUCUGUAGAGAUGAGCUUCUAGUUGAGUGCUGUGGGCGGUAGAUCUUGAUGAGGUAAAACAGUGACAGUUUUAUGAAGUAGAAAGGACGAGUAAGUUCUUUGCAGUUCAUAUAACUGAGGCUCUUGAAAUGCCUAAAUUGUGUGUUUACACUGUGGUUGCCAUUUGAACAUGGAAAUAACCUGGAUUAACGCAUUUGCAUCAAUCCAUCUCCAAUCUGCUUGUGGCUGAUGGCCUUUGUUUGUACUAGCCGGUGUUUCGUUUGGGCACUGACAUGUUACUAAGGGCAAGCCUAGGUCCAGAGUGGUAACUUUAUUUAAGUGAUGAAAACGGGAGUUGGUAGGGUCAGUGGCUAUGAUCAAAGAGAGCAGCUAGCCUUUGCCCUUAAGCCUGGAGAACUGUAGAGGCCUCUACCCAGAGAUAGUUCUCUUUAAGCACAAGCCCCAAGCAAGCACACUCCCUUGACUGAGGCACACGUCCUUGCGGGGAGGUGGUGACACUAAAC